AUGACGCACCCGGCAGACGGCGUUUUUGAGGCGGUGCAGUUGCCCUCCGAGCGGGUGAGCGGCGGGGACGUAGCGCCUGCCGCUGGGCCAGCUCUGAAACCCGCGGCGGCGAAGGACAGCGAAAGCCGCUCGCCCACGCACAUGGAGGUCUCUCUCCCUCCUGGCUCGUUCGCGGCAAAUUGCAUGUCUCUGCCGGCUUGCUACGUCGAUAGAAGACGCGACUCAGAUGCAGGAACCAGGGAUCUCUCAGGCUGGUCUCUUCCGACUGACGUGACAGCCGUUGGGGUGGCGACGGAGCAAGACGUCAGCGAUGGGCGAGGAGAGAGGGAGCAUGAAGGGAGAUACAAAAAACCCGCGGGACCGACAUUGCGGCUCGAACGAGAUGCAAACGAUCUGCAGCUGAGCCGGCCUCUCGCGGUCAGCGUUUUCGUGGCGGGGUUUGUGUUCAUUCUAGCGGGAUUCGAAGCGACAACCACACUGGCCACAGUCGAGACUGUGGCAGAAAACUUCGGAAUCGCCUGCCCCAAGGAGGGCGGUAUCGCUGGUUGCGCAUUUCAGCAUCUGUUCGGUAUUGUCUUCCCUGCUGGACUCGCGGUCGGGUCCGCGCUUGGUGGACUUCUCUGUGAUACUUGGGGGCGGCGGUGCGUCUUCUUCGUCACCGACGUCCUGGCCCUUCUUGGCGCAGUCCUCGUCACCACUGCAGACUCUUAUGCGGUGGUACUCGCGGGCCGAGCCGCGUUUGGCGCUGGGAUUGGCGCAGGCUGCGUCGCCUAUGGGGCGUAUGUGGCGGAGAUCUCGCCCUUUGAAUCCCGGGGUGCGCUGCUUGUGUCGUCCCAAAUCUUCGCGAUAUUCGGGUCUCUAUGCGCUUACGGGGUCGUUUCAUACGUGCAGGCAAGCGCGUGGCGUUAUCUGGGGGGCUCUCUCGGGGGGCUGGCCGCUGUACAGCUGCUGCUUCUUCUCUUCUUCGUUCCCGAGAGUCCUAGGUGGCUCAUUCAAAAGGAGAAACCUGCCAAAGCGAUGCACGCGCUAGAAGCUCUCGGCGCAGACGAAGGCCGAGCGGGCGACAUUAUUGUGCAGCAGGAAGGGCGGAUCCCUCCACGGGUCGCUCGACAAACGCAGCGCUAUUGUCACGAGACCUGUUCUCUCCUGGUAGUAGAUCACGGUUGGCAGUUGCUGGCCGCCUUGGGGUGUGCUGUCGCUGCGGUAUUCGCGGGGUGUAGUUUCGGACAGCCGCUCUACGGUGUCAAUACUGCGCGAAUCGUCCUCUGCGACACUCGCCUAGCCAAUCUGGCUGCUUGGGCUGCAAAGGGAUUAGGAGUUAUAAUUGCUUUUAUCCUCGUCGAUAGUUGGGGUCGUCGCCCACUCCUCCUUGUUGGGACAGGCACUGCUGCUGCCGCCUUCGCUGUGCUGAUGAUGGGUUUCAUCUGGCACGCUCACGUGAAUGAAUUCGCCCUCCACGAAGCCGGAUCGGAGUCCUUCAACCCUUGCUCGGAAGGAGGAGCACCAGCGGGUUUUUUGCCGUUUGGAGUCCUCGUCGGUUUAGGCCUCCUCUUUGCUGUCCUGGGGCAAAACUUGGGAUGGUCGUCGCUUUUGCUUGGAGUCGUUGCGGAGAUUACUCCUACGUGCUUGCGGGGCUUGAUAAUCGGCUUCACCAUGUCGCUGUUCUUCUGUCUCGACAUCGGGGUUCGUCUUUUAGUAAAUGACGCAUUCGUCAAAGUGCCGCCGUUAGCUACGUACGCCGCCUUUGCAAUCCUGAGCAUCGGUGCGUUUUGCAUUUCACUGUUCGUGGUUCCAGAAGGCCGGGAGUGCUUUCUGGACACGUUGGCGCCCGAUGGGUGCGCUCCACCGUGGUUACCCGAGAAUCGCAUGUGCAUGAGGCGAAACGUCAGCAACGGUGCACGUGGAACUGGAGGGAGCCGCCACCGCGGUGAGGGGGAAAAACGCACGGAGUCUAGAGACAUAGGCAUUGAAAUGCAGAGUCGGUCGGAUGACAGCAGCCCCACGAUCAGCCGUGAAGCGUCGGGGAUGCGAAUGGCGACGUUAUCUGAUACAGAAUCUCUGCGCAGGGACAUAGAGGAAGCCGUACUUGGAUGGCGAACUUCGAUUGCGUGA